AUGAUAUCAUCUACAACAACAACAACUUCUGAUACGAGUACAACUGCAGAUACUACUUGGACUACACAAAAUACUAGUACAACAACAUCAUUGUCGGUAGGAGGGAAUAUUAAAGCAAUCGAUAAAGAUAGUGUACAUCAAAUAUGUAGUGGACAGGUCAUUUUAGAUCUGAGUACGGCCGUCAAGGAAUUGGUAGAGAAUAGUUUGGAUGCAAAAGCAACAAAGGUGGAGAUAAGACUAAAAGAGUAUGGUGAAGAUGCUAUAGAGGUUAUUGACAAUGGAUCGGGUGUGGAAGCGGCCAACUAUGUCGCGCUGACACUCAAAUACUAUACAAGCAAGUUAUCAAAGUUUAGUGAUCUCGAAAGCGUCACUAGUUUUGGGUUUCGUGGUGAAGCGCUGUCGUCGUUGUGUGCACUGGCCAACGUUUCGAUCACAACACGACACUCGUCUGCAAAGGUCGCACACAAGAUUGUCUAUGACCAGUCGGGCGUCAUCACGUCUCAAACAGAGUGUGCUAGAGAGGUGGGUACCACCGUCACACUCACCAGCCUUUUCAAACGGCUGCCUGUACGUUACCAAGAGUUUAAGAGAAACCUCAAAAAAGAAUACGCAAAAUUGCAGACCAUCCUCCAAUCGUAUGCAGUCAUUAGCACUGGUGUGCGAAUAUCCUGCUACAACACGGUCAAGAAUAGCAGACAAUUGGUGUUUUCAACGAGUGGAUGCAAUGACAUUAAAGACAAUGUCGUCAGUUUGUUUGGAAAGCAAGCUCAAAUGUUGGAUCGCAUAGAUGUGGAAAACGAAUUGUUUCACGUCAAGGGACUGGUCAGCAAGGUUGGACAGCUCAAUGGAGUGGGCAGUGUAGUGGGUUCACAGACUGCGGCUGGAGGGAACGGUGGUCUCAACGCACAGAUGGCGCGUAGUUGUGGCGACAGACAAUUCAUCUUUAUCAAUGGUCGUCCAGUCGAUUUCCCAGCACUCACUAAAACAGUCAACUCAAUGUACCAUUCAUUCCAAAAAAAGGGUUCCUAUCCAGUUUUAUUUCUCGAUAUCAAAAUGAAUCCCAACACUUACGAUGUCAAUGUCACACCAGACAAGAGAAAAGUAUUUAUUCAAAAAGAAGAAAUACUCUUAACCCUCAUUGGUGAUCAUCUCAAAUCACAUUGGGAAAAAGCACAAUCAACUUUUGAUGUUUCUUCAAGUGGUAAUCAACUUUUUAGUCAACUAUCAAAUAAUGAUCAAAAUAUUAAUAAUAAUAAUAAUAAUAGUAAUAGUGGUGGGACAAUAAGAAAAAGUAUUGUAAAUAGUCAAAAAAUUUCACAACCAAAUAAUAGUAAUAAUAAUAAUAAUAAUAAUAGUAGUAAUAAUAAUAAUAAUAGAAUGGAUAUGACAGAUGAUGAUAAUAAUGAACCUUUGGAUAAUGAUAUUGUUGGAGAUUUUGUCCAACCACAGAUAUCAUCAUCAUCAUCAUCAUUGUCAAACAGACAAGUAAAUACUCCUGUACAGGGUAGUUCAGAUGAUAUAUUUAAUGAUAGUGACGAUCCUAUCAGUGACGCUACGCCCGUAUUUAAUUCAAAUAACAAGAGACCGGCUCAAUCAUCUUUGGAUGAAUUUUUAUAUGUUCCAAGAGAUAUGAAAAACUCUACAACAUCAUCUUCAUCCCCUUCAGUACCUCCUUCACCAACUUUAUCAUCAUCAUCAUCAACAUCAAAACAACAAGAUAGUCCAAAAUCAUCAGUACAUGUAAAUAAGAAACAAUCAUUGGCAAUGCCAUCUAAAAUUAGCUCUGUAAAUAAUAUUAAAUCAUCUGUAUUGACCGAUCAAGACAAUCCAGUAUUUGCUCAAGCAAUAAGUGGAAAAAAACAAGACCAAGAAGAAGAUUUCGAAGAUGAUGAACCAAAAUUUGAACAAAGUAAAUUUAAAUUGACCGAUACUCUAAAGGCAACAAUGACUGCAACUCGACCCAAAGACCCAUUGUUGGAUGAAAAAGUUGAUGCAAGGGAUGGAUUUCAACAGAAAAAUACAAAAACACAUAAUCUUACAGUCAAGACUGGAUUGGAACAAAUUCAAAAACUUUACAAGAAUCGAACAACUGUUGCCAACUAUGAUUAUUGUUGUUCUUAUGCUCCAAAUAUUACUGGUUGCUAUAAUAAUGGAACCAAAAAAAGAAAAGCAGAAAAGGAACAACAACCGGCUCCUACACAAUCACAAGGAUCUGAUCCCUCAUCAUCUCAAAACAAAACAUUUCUUUCUAGUGUAGGAGCAUUCACUGCAAAAUCAAAUAGAAACACUCAACAAACAACAAUGGACAAGGAUGUGGCCGAAAAAGAACUUAGUCUGCACAUUAAAAAGGAAGAUUUCCUCAGGAUGCAAGUCAUUGGCCAGUUUAACAAUUCCUUUAUCAUUGCCAGACUCGAUACUGAUCUUUUUAUUGUCGACCAACAUGCAGCCGAUGAAAAAUACAACUAUGAAACACUCCAAAAAUCACACGAACUCAUCUCUCAACCAUUGAUUCGUCCAACUCAUAUACAAUUGACAGAUGAAGAUGAAGAGAUUCUCAUUGACCAUUUAGAUCUCUUUAAAAAGAAUGGUUUUAUCUUUGAUGUCAAUAGAAAUGCUCCUCCAACGAAGCGCGUUAAAAUUGUUUCUCUUCCUUUUAGUAGAAAAUGGACUUUUGGUCCAAAUGAUAUUUAUGAAUUAAUAUUUAUGAUUAAAGAAAGUUUGCCUGGACAAGUUUGUAGACUUCCUCGAAUAUCUGCAAUGUUUGCAUCUAGAGCAUGCAAGAAAUCAAUUGUUGUUGGAAUGCCACUUACACAUGAACAAAUGAGAAAGGUGUUGUCCAAUCUCUCGCAACUCGAGAAUCCUUGGUGUUGUCCUCAUGGUCGACCAACCAUGAGACAUUUAAAUAAUCUAACAAAAACAAACCAAAUUGUUGAAGAUGCUUUUAAUUCUAGACUCAAAUAUAAACAAAAACCACCAAAUGACGAUAAAUAA